AUGGACGACAACUCAUUAAGAAACCAGCUGCGAAUAGUUUUUGAACAAAUUGAUAAAGAUAAGUCUGGAACACUAUCCUUGGAUGAAAUCGAAGAAGGACUCAAAAUGGUAAAUCUGGGUAGCGAAGUUAAUAUCAAAGAAAUUGCACAAGAAAUCUUCAAUGAAACCAAAACAGAUGGCCUUAAUACAGUUAGUUAUGAAUCUUUUCUUGCUUGAAACCUUCGAAAAAUAACAUCAAAAAUUGCAAGAGGCCAAGCUUCAGCAUUGGCUGAAAUGUUUAUCAGCCCAGCUUUCAAAGUUGUCAAUAUUUUAAAAACUGUCUUGCCAAUGGUCCCAUAUGAGAAAAGUUUAGAGGUUCAGUGGUGCAUUGACCAGAUUUCAGGGGGAGAAAUUUAUUCUGCUGGAAAAAUAACUAACUCUCUAAUAAAUAUCUAUUUUUUUUUGGAAAAAUUUUUAUCCUUUUUAGAAUAUUUUUUUGGUUUUUAAUUGAGGAGCAAGCAAUCAUUGGAUACAACCAGCUUGACAACUGAUACCCUAUUAAUUAUUGGAUUUUUUUCAAACAUGAAUAAAGUAAAACAAAUUGAAAAUGAUGUUAAUAGUUCUGCAGAAAUUCAAAGGAAAAGGAAAAGCCUAAACAUGUCUAUUUUUCGAAGGCCCUCCAUGCCACCUCUUGAUGCCGACAUAAACGAUAUAGAUUUGAAUAUUUUCAACCUCAGAAGCCAAGUAAGCAACCCAAAUCAUGUUUUACAUUUUAUCUCAGACAAAGUCUUUAACCACUGAGAUCUUUACAACAAAAUGUCAAUCGAUCCCAAAACUUUUAAUAAAUAUACAGAGCGAGUAGCAGAAGGAUAUAGAGACAACCCAUACCACAACAAUAUCCAUGCUGCUGAUGUCAUGCAAUUUUGCCACUUAGUUUUAUAUAAAGGAAAUUUAGUAGAGAUUGCGAAGUUGGAUACUAUCCACAUAUUGUCAUUUGUAUUGGCUGGAAUGAUUCAUGAUUUAAAGCACCCAGGAGUCACAAAUUCUUUUAUAGAAGCUAACCUAGAUGAACUAGCUUUAAUGUAUAAUGAUAGAUCUGUCCUUGAAAACUUUCAUGUCUCUGAAGCUUUUAGAAUAUCUCAAAAUGCUAAUUGCAACAUUUUUGAAGGAUUAGAAAAGGAAGAAUUUAGAAUGAUAAGGCAUCUGAUAAUUAGAAGCGUUCUAGGUACAGAUGUUCAGUAUCACGGGAUACAAUUAGGAUGGGUGCAAAAUAAAUUGCAAAAUCAGCCUUUGUCUAAUGAAAAAGAAACAGUUCUGGAGGUAUUUUUGCAUGCUGCUGAUAUUUCUCACAGCACAAGACAGUGAGAAGUUCAUCAUAGCUGGUCUUCUCUUUUACAAGAGGAGUUUUUUGCUCAAGGAGAUAUUGAAAAGCAGAUGGGCAGGACUGUGAUUUCAUUAUUUGACAGAGAAAAGGCAUCAGUUCCAUCUCUUCAGCUUGGCUUUAUUAAUGGUGUUAUUUUACCAUAUUUUUCCCCAUUGCUGAAAUUGACCCCUGAAAUAGAAUCUUACAUUAGGUCCAUAGAAAAGAAUCGUGAUUAUUGGGCUGAGCUUAUUUAA